GCCGGCAGCGCAGCGGCCAUGGGGGCGCGGCUGGGCCGGCGGACCGGACCCGAGGCGGCCUCGGAAGCCGGGGCGGCGGCGGGGUGCGGGCCCGCGCCCUAUGAGCGCCGGGUGCGCUGGCUCCGCGAGAUCCAGUCCACGCUCCGCGAGCGGCGGCCCGAGCGCGCGCGGCAGCUGCUGCGCCUCCUGCGCCAGGAUCUGGGCCUCGAGGGGACCCACCUCACCGACAUCCUCUAUAGGAAUGUGGCCUUCCUCAAUCUGGUGGACCCUAUCUCCCAUGACCUGCUCGUGAACCUGGCCCGUGACCUGCAGUGCCCCAAGACGGACUAUGAGCUCUGGAAGUCCUCGGACAAGAUCUGCCGACAGCUCAUCUACCACCUCACCCCUCACUCCAAGCGGCAGCGAGGAUCCAGCCUGCUCCAGAGGAAGACCCAGAGCUGCCUCAAGAGCAGCCUCCAGGUGACUCAGCUGGCUGGGGAGACCGUGAACCUGUCGGGGAUUCCACUGUCGGCGCGGGAUGUGCAGCACAUUGUGCGCUACCUGGGAAACCAGGGAGCCGGGCUCACGGUGCUGGACCUGAGCUUCACGGGGCUCAGCGAUGAGCUUCUGCGCCUGCUGCUACCCAGCAUCUGGACGCUGCCCCGCCUCACCCAGCUCCUGCUCAACGGCAACAGGCUGACGAGGGCCACUGCCCGUGAGCUCACUGAGGCCGUCAAGGACUCCACCAAGUUCCCUGCGCUGGCCUGGGUAGACCUGGGCAACAAUGUGGACGUGGCCUCCUUGCCCCAGCCCCUGGUGGUCGGCCUACGCCGGCGGCUGAGCCAGCGCACCUCACUCCCCACCAUCUAUGAGGGCCUGGACCUCAAGCCUGAGGGUAGUGAAGCCAGGGCCACCUCUGCUGCCUCCACCUGGGGCUCUGCAGCUGCCGAGCCAGGGUCGGAGCCCCAGGCCUGCUGCACGAGGUGACCUGCCACCACCCUGGCUGCUGCUACCUGACUGCCAGUGGCACAUGGGAUGGGGGAUGAUGGAGGCCUUCUAGGUCCCCAGAAAUCCAGUGUAAAUACUCAGCCUGGGAUUAAGGGGAUGGAAGGAGAAUGGGUUCACUAGAGGCUAGAUGGUCAGCCCAGGAUGGAGUCUCAGACUUCCCUCAGCAGGAGGGCCCAGAACCUGCUGUGCCGAUCCCACAGUAAACAGAGAUGCCCCCCUCUGC